GCAUGCCUGUACUCAUCGUGCAUCCGGGUACGGAACAUGGGAAAGUAGCGAAUAAACAUGGAAGUCAACUCAGCAUUUUAAAAAUAUCAACAUGGCUACAGCUGACGUGAAGCCGCUUCAGAAUGCCAUGAAAAUGGCGAAAACGGCAAUAAAUCUGGACGGAGGAAACAGACACAAGGAAGCUUACUGUGAAUACCUUCGGACAAUCAACUACAUAUCACAUGUCCUUUUGGAGGAAGCUGUGUCUCAAACCUCGGAGAAGGAUAUGGUUCAGCCGAAGGUGGAACGCAUGUUGACACUGGCUGAGCAGUGUCUGGAGCGAGCCAGGUCAUUUCUAAACAAGACCGCUGACCCCUCUGCUCUUUCGGCCUCUGGUUCCUCCUCCCUUUCAACGAGCCAGUCCAGCUGUUGUCCAGUUGCUACGGUCAUUAAUGCAGCUACUUCUUCUAGUGAGCAGGAAGAGUCCAGUCCCACGAAUACUUGCCGGCACCCGGGUGAUGAUCGGGUGCGGUCCCCUUUCCUGCCUCCUCAUGUCUUCCAAAGACUACAAACAGUGGUGUUAAAGGAUAUGCACAAAAAGGAGCUGACACCUAUUGAAGAAGCCUCACAUUUGAAUCAGAAGCUAAAAGCCAAUUAUGAGGCUCGCCUGGCAAGACUCACACCUGGUCAAGCCUAUCAGAAGACUUCUUUAACACUGACCCUCCAACGGCAGAUGAUGGAGAACCUCAUCAUAGCCAAAGCAAGGCAAGAGGCACUCCAGCGGAAGAUGGAGGAAACAAGAUUACGGUUGCAGGAAGAAGCCAACAGGAGAUUUGCAGCCUCCGGUGCAAUGACUCCAGAGGAGCAGGAGCAGCGAAUUCUUUAUACCAAUGUUUUGGAGUACGAGCAAGACCAUGAUUGGCCCAAGCAAUGGAAAGCCAACAUGAGGGAGAAUUCUGAUGUCGCUUUAGUGACCGAAUUGAUUUCUUGCCUGCUCAGUUCUGAUCAUCCAGUGGUGAAGCUGCUGAAGAAACAACAAUAUCGCAUCUACAACAGGCUUUAUCCGAUUGUCAGUAAAGGACUACCAACAAGUAGUGCACGAGCAGUGAGACCAUCCGACAGCAGUAACAACCCCGUACAUCCAGGCAGCACUCCAAGCAGUAACCAGGGCUUCACCAGCGACUCCUUGCUUUCGCCGUCACUCUCUCAUGACGUAAACAUUACCGAUGAUGUGGGAGAAGGGAAGGAGCGUCACCCGUAUAUGACAAAGGAGCUCAACAACUCUUUUGAAGAUUUAGAGCAGUUUCUCUCCGAGAUAGACUGGGAUCAGCUGGACAGCAGCACUAAAGACUCUUGCUUUGACCCGGAGCUAAGCGGUGAUAGGGCCACUUGUCAAGAGCUGGAGGAGGAAACCUUUUCAGACCUGGAGAUGAGGGCGCUAAAACAACACCUGAAGGCAAUUGUCAAAGACAUACAUAUAGCCAUUGAGCAACUUCUAUCACUUUGUUUGCUGUCCUUUGAGUGUCUGAACACGGCCAGCUAUAAGGACUUGUGCCUGGCCAGCAUCGAGGAGUCCUUUUUCAUGCCCCUAUGGAGCGCCUUGCUUGCUCUUUUCAGGAAGGUCCACAGGGAAAGAGAACUCUCAUGUGAGAUUCGAAUGAAACUCUUUCAGGAUGUUUCACCUCUCGAUUUUGGUGUACCCUUGACACUGUUCCCCCUGGACCCUAACACACUGAAAGGUUCUUACCCUUACGAGUGUGCUGUUCAAGAGCUGAAGCUUCUUACAAAAGACUUCUGCCCGCAAAGAAAGUUGGAAUGUAUUGUGAGGACAUUACGCCUGAUCUGCGCUUGUGCUGAAGACUACAGAGGCCUUCACGAGGUGGAUUCAGCACCCAGUACAGCUGCCAUUGGUGCCGAUGACCUACUACCAAUCCUGUCCUUUGUGGUUCUGCGCUGUCAGUGUCCUCAACUGGUCUCUGAAUGUGCUGCCUUGGAGGAGUUCAUCCAUGAAGGCUAUUUGAUUGGCGAGGAAGGCUACUGUUUGACUUCCAUACAGAGUGCUUUGGCCUAUGUGCAGUCGCUGCAUAUAGAUGGAGUGGACCCUCUUGCAGAGCACUCCAUUUGAAACAGGUAGAUGAUAUUCUCAUUCUUUCAUGGUGCAAUGUUGGAUUCGUAAGCAAAACAUUGUAUCCAGUACAGCAAAUACAAUACCUUUGACAAACUCAACAAACGGAACAAAUACAAUAAAUCCAAUGGGCAAAACUCUAGGCCAGUUGAAGGGAAUUGUCUGGAAGUAAUGGUACACAAGAGGUUGCUUUUUUGGUUUUAUUUCAAUUUGGGUCAAAUGAGAUGAUAUUUUAUAAAAGUGUACUUUUGUCAUUUGGCCAUUAAUGCCCUCCUGAGGCUCUGCUUUUCUUUCUUUUCCCAGACCACAUUUGCAGUUGUAUUAAGCACAUGUUUCUGCUUUAAAAGCCUUUUUAUGGAAAGUGACUGUUUCUACUUGUUCUGUUUUGUCUCCAUUUUAUUUAAAGGAAUCCAAGUGUUUUUUUUAAAUUGCUUCUUAUUGUUUGAAAGAAGCGUGUCUUGCGGAUGAAAAAACGUUUGCAAUAUUUAUCUGGCAUGGUGUGUUAUGACAUCACUUAUAUCAAUGUUCAGUAUAAUAAUAGUCAUAAUAUAUUUAAUUUAAGGACUCAGUAAAUAUUUCAAUUCCAAUGAAUUGUGUACUGGCUCAACUGUAAAACACAAUUUGACUGCUGCUUAUGUCAAAACAUUUUGAAAAGGUCAUUUGGAAUGUAACACAAAAACAAAGUUAUAUGUUAGAAAUGUUUAUUGAAGUAUGAUAUUACCAAUGGAUGGCUGCUUUUUUGUUUUAUUUUUACAAUUUAAACUCUGUGCAUUAUGCAAAUUAUUAAAAUUGCAUAUGAAUUGUAUAACCUCCUUGUUCUUUGUUAAACAAUUGUGUCAUGAAAGCUUGUGAAAAUUAGAAUAAAUGUGUUUGGGUCAAUAAAGACAAAAGAUACUUUUU